AUGGGGAAACUUUGUGUCCUCAAUUUCAUUGGGAUCUGCCAGGUCCCUCCUUCUAUGGGAACGCAGCCCUUUAAGGUAAUUGGCCCCAGAAUGCCAGUGCAGCCGUUGUGCCUCUUGCUUGCUCUCUCUGUUUGCGUGGGAACAUCUGAGGCAAGAAUCGAGGAGACCUUAUGCGGAGCUGAACUCGUGGAUGCGCUGCAGUUCAUCUGUGCAGAGAGGGGCUUUUAUUUUGUCAGCAAAAUGGUGGGCCGUCGGAACAGGCAGAAUCGAGGCAUUGUGGAGCAGUGCUGCUUUCGUAGCUGUGACCUUCUAAUAUUGGAAAUGUACUGUGCCAUACCACCUGAAGCAGCCAGAUCCACACCUUCCACACCUUCCACAGUUCCACAGAGGACGAUGCUGCAAAGGGCGGUGGGGAAGCGGUCAGUUAGAAGCCAUCGGAACUACCUCACCUGGACUGGAGGAACCCUGCAGGAAUACCUGAGCAACACCAACCUUGCCAUCCCACCCAAAACCGAGAUCCCACAUUGGCUGGGGGCACAAGGUGAAGACUCGCCGCGCAUUGACGAGAGCACAAGGCACACGCGGUACCCAUCCCUGCAGCGGGUCUGGCCCAGAACGGCGCUGCCCCCUUCCUCAGGACAGCCCGCUCUCUCCCUCGAUGUCCUGACCCACUCGAAAUGA